AAAAAUAAAAUAAAAUAAAAUAAAAAUAAAACUCUGGUGCUCAAGUUCAACCAAAACACGCAUAUAAUCCGUUGGUAGAAAUGCUAGGUGAUGGCAGUAACAGCGACGGUACUGUGUUUUGGGGCCGGAGAGAGCCGACCUUUCGUGGAAUUGCUGUGUUUUUCGCUUGGGUUUCAGUUCACGAGAACCGGCUCAGAAGUUUCGUCGAUUUGUACUCUUCCCUUGGAUGGAAUUCCCUCGUCUCUCGUGCCCAUUUUCUCGACGCGUUUUAUCCGGAGAGGGCAACAUCGAUAGCCUUUUUUCUUGUCAAUGAGCUUGUGGAGGAGCUAAAGAUUAAACCAUGUCCCGUAGUUUUCGUGGCUUUUUCUGGUGGUCCGAAAGCUUGCAUGUACAAGGCUUUUCAGAUUAUUCUGGAAACAUGUGAUGGUCAUCUUACUGCGGAUGAAAGUCGAUUGGUCAGACAUUGCCUUGCUGGACACAUCUACGAUUCAGGUCCCAUAGAUUUUACAAGUGAUUUUUGUGCUCGAUUUGGUCUUCACCCCACUAUUCAAAAGAUUCCUGGACCAUUAAAGAUUGUCUCUUGGAUUGCAAAAGGGGUUGCUUCUGGUCUAGAUGGUUUAUGUCUUACAAGGUUUGAGUGUCAACGUUCUGAGUUUUGGCAUACUUUAUACUCUUCCAUUGACCUGGGGGCUCCAUUUCUUUUUUUAUGCUCAGAGAAUGAUGAAUAUGCACCACUGCAAGUUAUCUUUAAUUUCACUCAGCGUAUACAAGAACUUGGGGGUGAUAUUGAGCUUGUAACAUGGAAUGGCUCUCCUCACAUAGGUCAUUAUAAGCAUUAUCCUAUCCAAUACAGGGCUGCUGUAACUAGUUUGCUUGAGAAGGCUAUGUCAGUUUAUUCCCGGAGAGUCCGACAACCUGGGGAAGGAGCUGGCAUAGAGGGUAUGCAUGAUGAGAUAUCAGAGUUAAUUUGUGACCUUCAGAAAGUAGCAGUUAACUCAAACCGGAGCCUCAGAAGAGUUGCAGUUGGGCCAAGCGAUCACUUCUUCUUGCCAAGUUCAGCAGAGCAUCACAAUGGUCAAGACUCUCGGUCUCUACACGAUGAAGGCAAUGAAAGAUCAAUAUACAUGCCUUCCCCCCCAAGAAUCAAUGCACACAGUGUUCUUGGCCAAAUCCUCUUUGAUGUUUGUGUUCCUAAGAAUGUUGAAGGUUGGGAUAUUAGAUUUUCUAGCUCUGCAAACCGGCUGCCAUUUGCCUCUUCUCGUAGAAAUUUACCUUCCCGUGGUUUCAAAUGCAACCGUCGAUCAAAAUUAUGAUAUCUUGAAGGCUAUACUGGAGGAACUCUGCAGUUGGUUUUCUUUGGCUUGUUCAGAAGCUCCUAGAGACUAUUAACAUAAAGCUAUUAAUCAGUGAGGUGUGGCAGCAAUGUGUGCUUCAUCAGUGACGCCUUUCAGACAUUUUGGAGAAAGCUUGGUCGGUCAUGGUUUACUUGUCUUUAGGUUGUGGCUAAAUCCUUCAGCGUGAAGUGUACAAACAUGAUAGCAAAAGAAAUAUCAUCAUAUCUAUAGAAUGAAAUAACUGUUAAGGACUGAUCUGUAUUUGUAUGUCUGCUGAGCUACAGGAUGUCAGUUAAUAAACCAAUCCUGUGGUAGAAUAUAUAUCACCCAGAAGCAGCGUCAUGAUAACCAACCUUGUGCUGUAUAUGGUGUGCCAUCAGUAUCUGAAGUUAAGGAGCAGAUGUAAAUUGUAAGAUAGUCGUUGUACAAAAAUCUUUUUUGUAUGACAGUUAGUAUAUGAGCAAGAGGCUGGCGUUUGAAAUUACUUUGGCUUGUGCUCUGACUACCUUCUUUUUACUGCUGUUGUUUAUUUGGAUAUGUUGAGAAAAGUUUCACAUUCGGAAUAAAAAAUCUCUAAAUCGACUGUA